UAUGGCUUAGAAUACGACUAGUGGACCUAUGCAAAAGUUUAAAAUUGUCUUCUUAGGUAAUUAAUCAGUUGGUAAAACAUCAAUAAUCAAUCGAUUUAUUUUUGACAAUUUCACAGGGAAUGAAUAGGUAAUUAGAAUUCAAAUAAUUAUAGCCUACUGUUGGCAUUGAUUUUAUUUCUAAGACACUAUAAGUUGAUAAUAAAUCAGUUAGACUUUAAUUAUGGGAUACUGCAGGAUAGGAGAGAUUCAGAUCUCUUAUUCCAAGUUAUAUAAGAGAUUCACAAGCCGCCAUUAUAUGUUAUGAUAUAACAAGUAAAUACUAUUUCCAUAUAAAAGAUGAGAAAUCCUUUUAAGAUUUAUAGAAAUGGAUUGACGAUGUGAAAGAUGAAAGAGGAGAUGAAGUUUUAAUUUAUAUUUUGGGAAAUAAGACUGAUCUAGAGUAAGAAAGACAAAUUCAAACUGAUGUAGCUGAAGCAAAAGCCAAAGUAAAAAUAUUAAAUUGAAAAUAUUAAAGGAAUUAGGAGCAUAAUUUUAAGAAGUAUCUGCAAAAAGUGCACAUAAUGUAGCAGAAUUCUUUAAAAAAUUAUCAUAUGAUUUAUAAGGAAAUCCUAAUGAAUAAUAAACAUAAUAGCAACCAUAAUAAUAAGUAAAUAGUAAAUUUAACUAAAAUAGAAAGUCCCACAAUAGUAAUAAUAGUAGAAUUAAACUUAAUAAUUAAAAAUAAAUGAUGUUACAGAAGAUAAAAAAUAAGGAGGUGGAUGCUGUUGAA